AGUGGAGAAAGCAUUUGCAGUGCCAGCUGGGUUUUAUUGGCAGACCGUAGAAACUGAUGAAAAAUACUUCCCUAGCAGCAGUGACAUUGGGACUAGCAGAGAUAUAGAUACAGAGGUUGCCUUGGUGUUGCUAUUUGAAACCCUACUCCAAAACCCUUUGGCCACCCAUCACAUGCUACAGCUGAUUCUCAGUGCUGGUUUGGAUAUCUGCGGACUCCGCCUACUUUAUCCCCAGCACAACUUGCUGCUCUCUACCACAGAAGAGCUGCCUUCUGCUUAUUCUCCUGAGGCUGGCAAGGCACCACCAGUUCUGGCAUUAAGUUUGAGAGGGCCGAAAGCACGACACACCUUACAGGAUAUUGUAGGGCCUUCUGAUCCACAGCUGGCCCGUGUGACUGACUGCAGCUCCAUCAGUGCCCUGUAUUGUAGGAGCCGAGCUGAGCCUCUCGUCUACCUGCCCCGCACAGACAGCCGUGUCAACAGGGAGCUGUGCCUUUGGUUUGGAGGAAGAGUAUAUUCUGACACAGCACUUCAUGUUGGUGUCCAGAAUCCUGCCUGCAAAUAUAACAGAUCAAGACCUCAGAGCCCUUCAUCAUGCAGAACAGAAGAACGGGAUGAUCUGCAGGGCAAGGCGCUGUCCAGUGCUCCAACAACACUUGUCUCGACCACCAAAGGAGAUGUCAUUUUGGUGGUCUCACCUACUAUUCCUCCUCAUGCAUACGCUGAUGCGAUUUCAACUUGCACUCAGAGAGGGUUUAUUCUGCAGGGAAUCAGGCGGCUGCAGCUUUCACUUAAACAAGCCACUGUGCUUAGCAUGACAACAAGUCAGAUGGCUGUAUUUUGCCCUAAAAAGAUUUCAAGUCCACCUGAUAGGAGUUCCUCAAGAGAAGAAUUUCCACCUGAACCACGUUUGCACUGUCUGAUUUUGCUGCUGAGAAAGGAGAAUGUUGGCUAUCAUGUUCCUGCAUUAAUAAAAG